UUCCCCCUCGCGACGUUCAUCGGAGCAGUAUCUAUCCACUCCCUUCGUCCCAAAAUUCUUGUCUUAGAUUUGUCUAUAUACAGAUGUAUCUAACUAGUUUAGAUGCUGGUUUUGCUUAGGACAUAAGAUAUCUGUGAUAUGUGCCUCACCGUCAACAAGUGCACUGGUGAUUUUGGCAACCUGAAGAUGGUCGUGCAAAGUUUUUACUAAACUUUACAUGUGAGAACGCGAGGUGCUGUGUGCAAAGUUUCAAUAGGAGACGAGCCAUGCUGUGAAUGAGCGCCAUGUCUAGCUAGUGGUCUAGAAGGAUGCAUGGUCCAUUGUUUAUAGAGCUCGGCUCUCACCAGACCGCCGAAGCUUUCUAAAUCCCGGGCAUUUACCGCGUGAGAAGGAGCCGAAGGAACCGCUGCAUGAUCGGCACCAUAAAGUGCGGCGCGGUCCAGUCCACGCCAACACCCGUCUUCUCUAGGGGUCGGGCGCGGCGACAUGGCUGCUAAGAUGGUGAUCAGCCUGGGGGGCUCGCGGCGGCGGAAGCGCGGCGAGGUGCUGUUCCGGUUCGACUCCUUCUGCCAGCCCGGCUACCCGGCGCAGCUCGCCGGCGCGUUCCGGGACAACGUCAGGACCCUGCUCGGGCUCGCGCACCUGGAGGCCGGCGUCCAGGGGGAGACCAGGUGCUGGUCGUUCCAGCUCGAGCUGCACCGCCACCCGCCCACCGUCGUCAGGCUCUUCGUCGUCGAGGAGGAGGUCGCCGCCUCGCCGCACCGCCAGUGCCACCUCUGCCGUGUCAUCGGUUGGGGUCGGCACCUGAUAUGCAGCAAGAGGUUUCACUUCGUGCUGCCCAAGAGGGAGUCCUCCGUGGAGACCGACGGGCUGUGCUACGGGAUCGGCCACGGUGGCGGCGGCGCCGAGAAGGCGUCGAAAGGGACGGCGACCUCCAGGGGCCACCUGCUGCACGGCAUCGUGCACCUCAACGGCUACGGCCACCUCGUCGCCCUCCACGGCUUCGAGGGCGGCUCCGACUUCGUCUCCGGCCACCAGAUCAUGGACCUCUGGGACCGCAUAUGCUCAGCCUUGCACGUAAGGACGGUGAGCCUUGUGGACACGGCGAGGAAAGGGCACAUGGUGCUCAGGCUGCUGCACGGCGUCGCGUACGGCGACACAUGGUUCGGCCGGUGGGGCUACAGGUACGGCCGCCCGAGCUACGGCGUCGCGCUGCAGUCGUACCAGCAGUCCCUCCACGCGCUCCAGUCCAUACCGCUCUGCGUGCUCGUGCCGCACCUCUCCUGCUUCAGCCAGGAGCUCCCCAUGGUGGUCACCAAGUACCAGGCCAUCAGCGGCCACAAGCUGCUCAACCUCGGCGACCUCCUCCGCUUCAUGCUCGAGCUCCGGACCCGCCUGCCGGCCACCUCCGUCACCGCGAUGGACUACCGCGGCAUCAUGUCCGACGCGUCGUGCCGGUGGUCGGCCAAGCGCGUGGACAUGGCGGCCCGCGCCGUCGUGGACGCGCUCCGCCGGUCCGAGGCGCCGGCCGCGCGGUGGGUCACGCGGCAAGAGGUGCGCGACGCGGCGCGCACCUACAUCGGCGACACGGGCCUCCUCGACUUCGUGCUCAAGUCCCUCGGCAACCACAUCGUUGGCAACUAUGUGGUGCGGCGCGCCAUGAACCCGGUGACCAAGGUGCUCGAGUACUGCCUGGAGGACGUGUCCAGCGUGCUCCCGGCGGCGGUCGGAGCAGGAGCCGGCGUGCCGCCGGGCCACGGCAAGAUGAGGGUGCGGUUCCACCUCACCAGGGCACAGCUCAUGAGAGACCUUGUGCACCUGUACAGGCACGUGCUCAAGGAGCCGAGCCAGGCGCUCACCACCGGCGCGUUCGGCGCGAUCCCGGUGGCGGUAAGGAUGGUCUUGGACAUCAAACACUUCGUCAAGGACUACCACGAAGGGAUGGCUGCCACCAACAGCGGCGUAGUCGGGCAUGUCUACAUCAGCCUUUGCUGCACCUUGAUCGUGAGGAACGGGAGCCCGGAGCUGGUUCCGCCGUACGAGACGGUGACCGUGCCGGCGCAUGCCACCGUGGGCGAACUCAAGUGGGAAGUGCAGAGGCUGUUCAGAGAUAUGUACCUCGGCCUGAGGACCUUCACGGCUGAGUGCGUCGUGGGGAUCGGCGCCGGCCUAGAGGCCAGCCCGGCGCUCGGACUGAUCGGCGUGGGGAGCACCGUCGUGGUCGAAGGGGUGGUCGGCGAGCAGCAGGAACCGGCCGAGGAGGGCGACCAGAGGAAGAAAGCGGCUACCGUGUGCGAGGGGGGCGGCGACGUCGGAGAGAGGGUCGUAGACUGCGUAUGUGGCGCGGACGACGACGACGGCGAGCGCAUGGCGUGCUGCGACAUCUGCGAGGCAUGGCAGCACACGCGGUGCGCCGGGGUCGCGGACACGGAGGACGUCCCGCACGUCUUCCUCUGCAGCCGGUGCGACAACGACGUGGCUUCGUUCCCGGCCUUGAACUGCUAGAAGCUGCUCGGUACCGCAUACCACAAUCGCUGCUAGUCUAUCUACGUGUAGU